AUGGCUGUUGUAGUUGAUCAGAGCCAGGCCAACACGGUUGGAUCUUCGCUCAAUGGAUUCUGUUCAACCAUCUAUUUUCCGGGCUUACCAGAAUUGACCCUAGAUUUACAAGCCAGUCCCAUGGCGGUCACCUUGACUACAUCCUUGUUCAUAUUAUUCGGUGGUAUCGGUCCAAUAAUGUGGGCUUCCAUCUCCGAUUUUUAUCACAUUCGCAGGUUUAUCUAUCUGGUGUCGCUUUUGAUUUUUGUAGCCGCCUCCAUUGGCUGCGCUCUGGUUACCAAUGUGUGGUAUUUGGUGGUUUUGCGAUGCAUCCAGUCGAUCGGUACUUCCGGAACCAUUGCUGAUUGCUGGGAAAUUACUGAACGAGGAUCGGCUUUCAGUUUCUUAUUCCUUGGUCAGUUUCUGGGUCCCCUAAUAGGCCCUGUGGCGGGCGGUGGCAUUACAAGCGGUUUAGGAUGGCGUUUUACAUUCUGGUUUUGCGCAGCUUAUGGUGUCUUUUUGUUUCUUUUUCUAUUUGUUGGUUUGCCAGAGACAUAUCGGCUGGAUCAUGUGUGGAAUACGGAAUUACCGGUUCAUCGAGAAUUGGAAGGACCUACCAUGAUUACUCUGGUUCGAUCGGAAAACGACGAUAUUGGUUCUGCCAAACCGGAAGACUCCAAAUAUCGAUUGGGAGAAACGAGUAGCGUGGCGUUGACUAGUCGUUCGACGGUUUCGAUCGAGCCUGAACCCAAGACCAAAUUGAAUCCUUUCAAAAGCAUUGCCAUGUUAAAGCACAUGUUUGUCUGGCUCAUUGCGGUGCAGACAGGCAUCUGUUUUGGUACAAUGUUUACCAUCGAAACGAUUAUCCCUGACCUGUAUGCACACACCUACAGAUUUGAAUCUUGGCAAACAGGUUUAAGCUUUCUUGGCGCCGGUAUCGGUAAUGUGCUUGGCUCUUUUGUGUCUGGCAAGUUAUCCGACCGGUUAUUGAAACGUGCCCGUGCCCAAAGAGGUGGUGUGGCAAGAGCCGAAGAUCGCUUGACUCUCAAUGCAUGGCCGGGUGGUUACAUCUUGGUUCCCCUGGGUGUACUUCUUUUUGGAUGGGCUAUCAAUAUGCGAUUUUCAGUAUGGGUUUCUAUCGUUGGAUUUGCCAUUGUCUGUUUCGGCAUGAGUCAAGUUUAUGCCGCUGGUUCUGCUUAUCUCGUGGAUGCAAUUCCUGGAAAGGGUGCUUCGGUCACUGCGGCUUCCAAUUUGUUCCGUAUGUCUAUGGCUUGUAUCCUGAGUUUAGUAGCCAAGCCGAUUGUCGACAGCAUCGGGCCUGGGUAUCUGGCCGUCGUUUUGGCAGGCCUCAAUAUCACGAGCAUGUCCCUGUAUGCUAUUGUCAAAUUUAAGGGACCGGUCAUGAGAAGUCGAGCGGGAUAUGGCGACAGUCCCUUGUAG